CUUACUCACCCCAGCAGCUGACAAAAUCAAUCUUCGUUGUAGAGGUCUGUGUAUGACUGCUUCAUGCGCGGAAUUAUGCGCGCUGACAAACAGGGUCGCAAUUGCGCCAUGGUACCGUGUUCAACGACCAUAAUAUCUGAUAGAGGCUCAAGCCAAUUGCUUGAGCAUCAUCCGUGAAGUGACUCAAUUCACAGACAUGGCAGACCCAACUCUCUACACGUAUCCCUCGCCUCUCGAAGGCUACCAGAAUCUCGAGCCCCUGCCUAAUGAGAAAGCUGCAGACGGCAAGUCCUAUGUCAAUCCACCAGCAGAGAAGAGGAGCGAAGCAUACACGUCUUUCCCAUCACCCAUCACGAAUGGCUCACGGGGUGGUUUCGAUAUACACGUCUACUUCCUGCAGACAGAGCCAGAAGAGCUGAAAUUCGCGACUGAGCUCUGGGAGCGUAUACGGCGAGAAUUUCCUGAACUCCGCAUUUACAGAAUCUGGGAUCGACCACUUGGUCCGCAUCCCAUUGGUAUGUUCGAAGUCAACCUCUUCACCCCGGAGCAAUUUGGAGCCUUCAUUCCGUGGUUGGUCAUCAACAGAGGGCCACUGUCGGCGCUCAUCCAUCCAAAUACCGAUGAAGAAGAGAGGGAUCAUACGCAGAGGGCUACCUGGAUGGGACAGCCGUUACCCUUGAACCUGAGGUUGUUCAAGAACCGAGAGAAGAAGUAAGUAAGUGAAUAGAUGAAUGCAAAGCUUGCUGUGCG